AUCCUGCUUUGGGGGAGGUCAUCUUCUUACUUUGGUGCCACUGCUCUAAAUUCUUUUCCACUUUCUUUUCCCUGGUGUCAUCGUCGUGGUUUGGCAGUCUUUCAUUGUUUUUGUUGUGACCUUCUCAUUGAGUUCUUUCCGUCCAUCUUUUCUCUGGGCUCUUGCUCUUCUCCGCCUCUCCCAGCCUCGCCUUUAGCUUCAAUGUGGAUGCAUUCUCCAUGUGUUGCGUAGAUUAGAGCCAGCAGCAGAUAUUUCAUCUGGUUUUGGACUGCGAUCUCUCCUUGGAGCAUUGCUUUCAAGACAAUCAAGGCCUCUCACGGUGUGCCAAGCUGUUUGUAAGUCGUAAAGAAGUCCCAGACUGUUUGCACUGCUUGCUUACCGCAUCAUUAUAGCUCUCCACUUCCAUUCCUUCCUCGGUUUCGUGGCCUUUUGCCUGAGACAACAAAACAAAAAGCAACCACCGAGCAAGAAGGAAGGAGAAGGAGAAGAGAAAAAAAGUCGUCACAGUAGUGAGGUGUGAGGAGAGGAGGAAAACAUCCAAAGCUUUUCGGCUAUGGCAGACAGUCCAGGAAGAUUGCUUUCAAGCAUUUGUUUAGGUGGUGGUGGCGCUGGCGGCUAUGGAAGCAGCGGCAGCGGCCAGUCCUCGGCAAAGUACGGCUGCGUAAAUAUUUUCCUCCAUCUCUUCGAUUGGAACCGGAGGCUCUCCAAAAAAGGCCUCUUCUUGAGCAAGAAAUUGCUGCCGUCAACGCUAGAAGGGGCUGAGCAAUCCGGGAAGAAUAGGAGGAGAAGAAAGAGCAGGAGCAACAAGGCAGCCAUGGUGGUGGCGGCGUGCGAGGAGCGUUUGCCCAUGGCAAAGUUGCUCCUGAUUGCUGAUGAGAAGCGGACGAAUGGCAGCAAUUUCGAUGACAUUCCAGAGGAAAACGAAGAGGAAGAAGGCGAAGAGGAGGAGGAACUAGAGCUCGAGAACACCACCAAUGCCAGCAAAGAUAACUUGAUGAUCACCAGCGGCAGGAGCAGCUACAGCAGCAGCGACAAAUGCUUUCCCUGUUCUUCGGAGACUCGCUCGCUCCAGGAGCUCCUCCACACUGACCACGACGAUUACUACCACCACCAGUUCGCUGCCUCUCCUCCCAAAAUGCUGCACGAAUUCCUCGACCCGGCCGAGCAAAAGCCGCUUUUCAGCCUUCUCAUCCAGGAGGCCAAAGCAGCGUCGACAUCGUCCUCCUCCAUAGCUCUCCCAAAUUCCCGGGAAGAACAGAGCCACCAAGCUCCCAGCUCCAGAAACCCAAAGAGGAGCUCCAAUUCCCUCUCCAGGCAAGUUUCCUCCGAGAGGCCGGCCUUCGCUCGCAGAGCAAACUCUCGCAAGUCCUCAUCCUCGUCGCCCAUGACCACUUCUUCCUCGUCUUCCUCCUCUACUAGCAAAUGCCCCCGUGUGGCAACUGAUGCGAGUCUUGGAGUCGCGGCUUCUGGAUGCGGUGGUUUCAGCAGAAGGACGUCCGGGCUCUUUCUCGAGGCAGCCGCAAAGAUACUUGAUCCACGGGGCCAGUCGUCGAAGACGUUGACCAGGGUUGGCCACCUUUCUUCGCGGAAGAAAGUGCCCGUCUCGAAGGUACCACUCGACCACCCCGCCACAGCCGACGAAAGUAAAGCCGCCCCGGAAGAACACAAGCACAGAAGAUCAUUCGAGGUUCUUCCCUCGGACAUCCAAAACUGCUUUGCAAACUCCUCCAGAGCAUCGCUGCGCGAGAGGAGAUCUGUCUCGGCACCUUGCUCGCCCGGUCCCCGCGGAGAAGAGAAAGAAGGCACCGUCCCAUACACUAGCUGCGCGUCCAUCCGCUCGCUCAUGGAGCUCUUCCUGGACGACCUGGAGGAGGACAUGGAGCUGAGCUGCCUGAGCCGGUCUCUAAUCUCUCGAUCACCUCGCGAAGACCUUCAAAAACUUUCCGACGCAGCACCCCCCGAUGAUCACAGGCACUUCCGCUCCAUCCAUCUCCCAGAUGGACGCGACCGCACGGUGGACGAGCUCGAAGAAGGCGACUACGUAAGCUUUCGGGACUUCCUCACGAAGGCGAAGAAGCCUAGUGCUACUCCAGCUCCUCCAACCGAAGUGGAGGAGGAUGCCUCCACUGCCGACGAGCAGCAAGAUGAUUGCUGCCAUGUCCCCAGCGACCACCACGAAAACUUUGGAUUCAUGGUCCACAAUCCUUUGUUCGAGGGCAGUAACUCCCCAUCAUCUUACUACUGCAACGAGGAGGAGCUCGGCAACGAUGACGACCGAGGUCUGGAGGAGAUCCUCAAGUCCAUCCUCACCCAGACGAGCGAUCAAGCCAAGCAGCACCGGGAUCCCUCGAGACUGACAUGGCUACCGGAUGAAAGCAGCAAGUUGGCAGCUCCAGAUCAAAGCUUCAACAUGUAUAACAAUACCAGCACCACCAUCAUUAACAACAAAGAUGGCAGCAGUAGCUGCUCGGACGAGAGCCAUCAACUGGACAGCGAUAGCGUGGAAGUCACCUCCGAAUCCAACUGUGGAGAGGACUGCGGUCAACCCAGCCCGGUCUCGGUGCUUGACUCCCCCUUUGACGAUGAUCUUCCGGGAAAACGAGGCAAGAGGGGCCCCUCGAGCAGCAGCAAAAGCAGUAGAAAACGACUAGACUUUUCUGAUGAUCGUCACGCUCGGAGUGUAACCAGCAGCAACACCAGCAGCAGCAGCGCGAGCUCGCCAAGUAGCAUAGUUCGGUUUCAAAACUUCGACACCAACGCGCUGGAGGAGGCCGAGGAGUACAUCGCCAUGGUCCUGGAGGAGUCGGGUAUUGGCUACCAUGCAAACGCGGUGACGCUGCUGGUGGCCGAGGCCAAGAGCGGUGGCGACUUCAACGCUGGGAUCAUCGGCGGCAGCGUCUUCGAGAGGCUCGAGGACCGGAUGCGGGUGCAGCAGCUCAUCGAGCACCUCGAGUCGUGCAGCACGUCGUCCAGUGCCGAGGAUCGCCCCAGCCACCACAGCCUCGAGAGCCUGAGAGCUCACUACGGGAGCUACCACGAGUCGAGGUCCCGGAGGAGGAUGGUGUUCGACUUUGUGAACGAGAUCCUGGGAUCCAUUGUCGCCAGGCACCUGGAAGAUCACCACACGCGGGUUAGAACAGGGAGGCAGCUUGCUCAGGAGACUCACCAGCGGGUUCUCGAGUGGAAGAGACAGGCGUUUGAUAGCAUCCACGAGCUUGUUGACAUGGAGAUAAGUAGAGUGAGGAAUUCUUUGAGUGGCAAUCUUGGCGUAGAGGUCUCCGAGAUUGGGCUAAUCUGCGAGGAGCAUAUUUUCAAGAGCAUGGUGGAGGAGCUGGCCAGGGACCUCGUAACCUCAUAAAAGUCGAAUGUAGAGGCCUUCUCUACGUACCUAUUGUAAAACUUCAAUUUAUUUAUUUUUCUCUCGUU